UACGUCAUCACCGCCGACAUCCCCGGCGCGAACAGGGACAUGGUCGAGGUGAGCGUGGACGAGGACCGCGUGCUGCACAUCGUGGACGAGCGCGCGGACAGGCACGAGGAGCGCGGCGGAAGCGACGAGGACGGAGCCAAGUACGUGGUGUACAAUCGAUCGUUCGGUCGUUUCGAGCGCAACUUUCAGCUGCCGCAGGAUGUCGAGGACGGCGCGGUGGACGCGACGAUGAAACACGGCGUGCUCGUCGUGCGUCUGCCCAAGAAGAAGGAG